AAUCAGAAAAAUGUUCUCAGUUCUAGAUGCCAGCAAGCCAGCCGCCUAUUAUUGGGCCAUACACUCCGAUACUAUAGUGACGACGGAGUUCAAGUUACUGCACAUUAUGCGCGGCAUUGGCUUUCGGAAGAAGAUUCUGCAGUUCACCAGAUGUAACGAUGUGUGUGGCUACAUUAUUUACACGCACAAUGGACGUCGAGCCUAUGGCGAGAUGGAGGGCACCAUUGGGAACAUCAACAAGGUGAGGGACUGGAUCUUGACGCAGUGCGUGCCGGAGCCCUUCAUGGAGCGUGUGAGCUUCUCGCCCUUUGUGCGUGAACGCUAUCCGAGGCGGCUCAAAUUCUCAGUGGCCUAUCAGGUGCCAGUGCGGGAGACCAGCACCAGCGAAAUUGAAUUGCAUUAGCAGAGAAAAUUGAAUAUUUUCGGGCAGUGUAGUAACUCGUGCUAGCAAACAUCAUGUACCAUUGUUCAACACUAUUGGCGGCUUCAAUCUCUUAAUUAAAUAUGCGACUAACUGCCAGCCAUG